AUGGGGGACAAGAAGAUGAUGAAGAAAGAGAAAAAUCCAUCCCCGAAAAAGGCCGCAGCCGGCGGCCGCCGGUACUUCAAGCCGGAAUCCGAACGGCCGAGCUUCCCAAUCACCGUCGGUAAGAGAGACUGGGGACGACGGGAGUUUAUACGUGUCAACAAAUCGGGAUCCGGCGUGGUCACCAAGUCAUGGCUUGUCCCAUCUUCCUCCCAUUGCAACCUUAAUCGGCCGCCGCGUAAACAUUCGUGGCCGCAGCUUGCCCUAAUCGACAUCCCUCCCGAAAUCCAAGCCACUAACGAUACCGGAAAAUACAGCCUGAAGGGUUUUUUCCAUCAACGCCAAUUGACAUUGGAUUGUAGUGAGAGACGCCCUCUCUGGGGACCGGACUAUUACGAUCUGCCCCGGGAUAGCAGUGUUCACUUCAGAGGCACCGAGAGCUCCGGCAGCUUCCAAUUCGUCAUAACCGGCCUUACAUCACUCGCUUUCCCAUUUCCUAAAGGAGUCGAACAAGAUUGCGCCCGCAAAUUCAGCUAUUACUGGCGUUAUGUGUCGAUGAUGAAGAGCUGCACGGUUAUUGAGCCUUUCUCAACAACCGAUCAUCAGUACAUGGAGUUGACGAACUUUAUCGGGUUCGGAGGGAAAUACUACGCCAUUAGCCGGCAGGGCAGCCUCGCGGUUAUCGAGUACAGUAAAGUACAAAGGUGGAAUCUUUUGGUGUUUUUGCUGUUGAGGGCUUCGGUGAAUGUGGUGGAUGACGUGGAGGUUUUCGGGCUGGACGAGUCGAGUUUGUGUUGGAAGGAAGUCGAGAAGCUUCCGGAUGAUACCGUGUUUUUCGUGGAGGACAAGUGGUGCUUGGGGGUCUCGGCGAGUUUAUUCAGGUGCAAAAGCGGGGAAAACUGUGUGUACUUCACGUACGAGAGGGGCGAACAUUGGUUUUGUUUCGACAUGAAAACGAGGCGCAUUUCAGUUAGUUUGAAAUUUUUUCAGUUGAAUUUCAUAUAA